ACGCUCACCGUGCUUCUACUUCCCCCAGAGGCAUAGGCUACCUCAGGGAAAGGAAACGCAAGCAAAACUAUUGACAUCUCGAAAAUGUCGAUGGAGGAAGCACUCCACCAGCUUCUGGCGGUGCUCACGCAGCCCUCGUCUGCUGGGGAAGGGACUCUGGCACAGGACAGCUCGCGACGCUUGUCAGUGAGCCAUUCGACUCGAGCAUCGCUCCCCGGAAGCUUGCUAUCCGUCUCUGGCACCCUCGUAUCCUCCCUCGCUUCCUCCGCUGCACUGCGAGACUGGCUCAAGCUCUUCAUCCUCGGAGGGACGAUCGAGACGUGCCGUCGCACCCUCUUCUGGCUCUAUCGACAAGCAGUCAAUGCUCUCAUGAUAACCGCGACAUUCGAGCAGGAUGAUGACUGCUAUGACUGGAUGAUGAACUGGCUAUCAAAACAACCUUCCUGGCGGGAAGCGAGGGAGGUCCAGAUAUCAACACGAUCUUUCGGUCUGAGGGGUGAAGUCGUCACUGUUCCAGGCGAAGCUAUCGACGCCAGCGCACUCGUGAAUCACAGCCGCCCCCUCACAUACCUCCCCUCCUCCACCUCUUCCCACGUCCUUUGGUAUCCUCCAGACGCCCCUUGGUAUCAGCGCCGUCGAAUCUCCGUCACCCGCGUUCAGCGCAACAAGGGAGGCUACUACGGAGGCACCGAAGAAUCCCUCGAACUCCGCAUCCUCGCGCGCUCGCACAACGUCCUCAACCGCCUCCUCCUCGACGCGAAGCGGACGCAUGUCGCGGACCAGGAGAACAAGAUCUCGAUAUAUGUCGCCAACAAUAACGAUAUGUGGCGCUAUGUUGCGUCGCGGCCGAAGCGUGCGCUCACGUCCAUUGUCCUGGAUCCGGGCGUCAAGGAUCUUUUGGUGGAUGACGCGCGCGACUUUUUGGAGAGCAGGGACUGGUAUGCUGACCGUGGCAUCCCCUUUCGCCGAGGGUACCUCUUGUAUGGUGCGCCUGGCUGCGGGAAGACGUCCAUGAUCCACAGCAUGGCGGGCGAGCUUGGGCUUGACGUUUACAUCGUCUCGUUGUCACGCGCUGGCAUGGAUGACGCCGUCCUGAACGAGCUCAUCGGUGGUCUUCCCGAAAAGUGCAUCGCGCUCAUGGAGGAUAUCGACGCUGCAUUCACUGGCACAGUCGGCGCACGCGAAGAUGGCAAGGAGGGAAAGGCCGACAGUAGCACCAUCUCUUCACGCGUCUCCCUCAGCGGCCUCCUCAACGCCCUCGACGGCGUUGGUGCUCAGGAAGGUCGUAUUCUCUUCGCCACCACCAACCACUACGAGUCCCUCGACCCCGCGCUCUGCCGCCCCGGCCGCAUGGACGUGCACGUCGAGUUUAAGCUCGCAAGCCGCUACCAGGCCCGCGAGCUCUUCCGGCAUUUCUAUGCACCGCGGCACAAGGAUGACUGUUCCUCCAAGUCUUCCUCUUCCACCGCCGCCAGGGCUGGCUCGGACUCCGGGUACCAGUCCGUCGCGUCUGGGUACCGCUCUGUCGCCUCCUCAUCCCGCUCGCAAUCUCCUGCGCCGGUCGAUGUCGCUUGCGGCCUGUUGCACCACCACGCGCGGCAGUUCAGGCUGGAGGCGGCGGUGGCAGAUGCGCUGGCGGCACGCUUUGCGGAGGCGAUCCCCGAACGGGAGUUCUCGAUGGCGAGCUUGCAGGGGUAUUUGAUGGGAUAUAAGGUACGACCACAGGAUGCUGUGGAGAACGUAGAAUGUUGGGUUGCGGCGCAGAGGGCAAAGAAGCAGGCGACGCAGGGCAAGGGAGUGGCCCAGUUGCCCGUUUCUGGAGGGACGACGGCAGCCGACGCGGUGGACAAAAUGCCUGCAGAAAGAGUCAUGCUUGACCGUCCAGAAGGUUGUGAUACCCCAGAACGAUAUACCCAUACACUAUAUCACUAGCAUGUGUGCAAUAAUACACGAACCCCCAACAUCCAACCC